AGCUGCCAUUCCCCCCAGAGACAUUUGGUAUUAGUUCACAGCAUGGCUUUUCGCACGAGGCCUUCUAUACUUUAUUGAUUUUAUUAGCUUCUCCGCCUUCUUCAUCUUCUCGUCCUCUUGCGCUUACCGCCAAAAGCCACGAUGUCCGGCGACGAAGCCGGGGCGGGCGAGAGCAAGACGAUGCUCCUGCCGCAAACUUCUACGAGCGAGCCGAACGAGAAAGACAAAGCCGCGGCGUCCGCCCGGGCCCGGGAGCGGUGGUUCUACCUUCGCAAGAAGCACUGUCCGCGGCUGCACGAGCGGAAAACGCGGGGGAAGACGCUGGUGAAGGACCUGAAACUUCUAGUGCACUACGUGCUGGAUGUCUACGAGUGCCCCGAGGCGGAUUUGAAGCGGCUCGAGGCGGUCGCCAGCGCGGAGAUCCAGAAGAACCUGGAAAAGCAAAACCUGGAGGACGAGCCGCUCGUGGUGGACGCCAACCUCCUCGCAAAGGACUUCUCCGACGCGCUGGCGAGCUUCGACCUGGAGCGGGCGAAGCGGUCGCUGCGCCGCAAGGGGGUGCAGGCGGUCGAGAAGAAGCCGUCGGAACUUCUGGCCGAAGCGAAGAAAAAGCUGGCGGAAGAGGGGAUGGCCAGAGACGGACGCCAACAACUUAAGGAAGCCGCUACCAAGUCCACGUCGGAAAUGACCUCGAUUGAGGUCGUGAUCCCCGCGGCCCAGACUGGUAAUAGUAGUGGUCAACACCCGAUCAACGGUUAUAGCACAGAAACUCCCGGACUGGCCGCGGGAGAUAUCCGCACGGCCGCCGCAUCCGCAUCCGGCGAUCUGCAAAACCAGAUGCAAAUAACCUCGGCGAAGGCCCAACUCGCGCGGCAGUUGGAGUUGAAGAGGGACAGCAAGAUCUACGAAAAGUCCCAGCAGGCACACCAACUCGCGAGGAAGGCGCUCGACGAGGGCGAACAUUUGUUGCCGCUGGUAAAAGAGCACUUGCAGAAGUGCUCGAAGUACACGCGGGAGUGCGGGCCCGAGGUCACGGACUUCUUGCUGAAAAAGGCCUGCAAACAGCUGGACAAGCACGGGCGGCCGGAGUUGCUGCCCAACUUGCUGCAGAAGAAGGGAUCGGAAAUCCUGCCGGAGGAACUUACCAACGUGAAGCGCCAGGUGUAG